CAUCGCCAUCGCCGUGGAGGCUGUCGGAUGGUCUCACCCCGACACAAUCCCACUCAUGGUAGCCAACACGCUCAUUGGAAACUGGGACCGCUCGUUUGGUGGAGGCGUGAAUCUAUCCAGUAAGCUGGCUCAGAUGGCCUGUCAGGGGAACCUGUGCCAUAGCUUCCAGUCCUUCAACACCUGCUACACAGACACAGGCCUCUGGGGACUCUACAUGGUGUGUGAACCCGGCACCAUCAACGACAUGAUGCACUUUACUCAAAUGGAAUGGAUUUCUCUUUGUACCAGUGUGACGGAGAGCGAGGUAGCUCGGGCCAAGAACCUGCUCAAGACCAACAUGCUGCUGCAUCUGGACGGAUCCACCCCAAUCUGCGAGGACAUCGGCAGACAGAUGCUGUGCUACAGUCGCAGGAUCCCUCUGCAUGAGCUGGAAGCCCGCAUUGAUGCCAUCGACGCCAGCACCAUAAAGGACAUGUGCACCAAAUACAUCUACAACAGAGCUCCUGCCAUCGCAGCUGUCGGUCCAAUCGAACAGCUGCCCGACUACAACCAGAUCCGCAGUGGGAUGUUCUGGAUGAGAAGCUGAGCAGGACACGCUGAGGAAGUGGACAAAUGCAAAAUUUAAGUCGUGUCACGUUAUUUUUUCCUUCUUUUUAUUAUAAAAUAAAGACCAACACAAUAAUGUUAAAAUAACA